GAUCCGUCUAUACUUCCUCAGGUAGUUGGCCAUGUAAUUAUGUACCUUUUCUGGCCAGAGGUGAAGGGGGAGGUGGAGGAGGAGACGCAUCGUCUAGCAUUUACCCGGCCUUUUGUGACCGCGACACAUUACCCUGAUAGUCUCGCUCUCUCCUUGGCUCUUGUUGCUCUCUUCGUCGAUAUAUAUACCGAGAUCACACACCUACCACCUCCGUCCCUUUCUUAUCCCGAGUGAGGUUUCUCCUUUCCAUUGAACUUUUUUUCCCCCCUCCUUCUCUUACUCCCGAGUCAAGAGUUGUAUGCUUGUUCUAUUCUCCAGAACACUCUCCCACAUCAAAUUACCCCGCCCCCGCAUUCUCAUCCAGGAGUUGUCGCAACAUCAACAACAUCGCCAACCCCUCCUCAGUAGACAUUACAUCCACUCAGCAACAGUCAAGAUGGCUUCCCAGACUUUCAAGUUGAACUCGGGAUACGAGAUCCCCGCUGUGGCUCUUGGCACCUGGCAAUCCGCCCCCGGCGAGGUCACAAAGGCCGUCUCCUACUCCCUCUCCGUCGGCUACAAGGCCAUUGACGGCGCCUACUGCUACGCCAACGAAGAUGAGGUCGGUGCCGGCCUCAAGGAGGCUUUCGCCAACGGUGUCAAGCGCGAGGACAUCUUUGUCGUCACCAAGCUGUGGGCCACCUACACCAUUGGCGACGACAAGGUCAAGGAGGGCCUGGAGAAGAGCUUGAAGAGUCUGGGUCUCGACUACGUCGACCUCUUCCUCGUCCACUGGCCCGUCGCAAUGAACCCCAACGGCAACCACGACAGGUUCCCCACCAAGCCCGACGGCUCCCGCGACAUCAUCCACAGCCACUCCCACGUCGACACCUGGAAGUCGGUCGAGAAGCUCCUCGACACGGGCAAGGUCCGCUCCAUCGGCGUCUGCAACUACAGCGUCAAGUACCUCGAAGAGCUCCUCCCGCAAGCCAAGGUCGUGCCCGCUGUCAACCAGAUCGAGAACCACCCGAGCCUGCCCCAGCAGGAGAUCGUCGACUACUGCAAGGAGAAGGGCAUCCAUAUUAUGGCCUACAGCCCUCUCGGCUCCACGGGUGGCCCCUUGCUGACCGCGGCGCCCGUCGUCAAGAUUGCCGAGAAGCGCGGCGUCAGCGCCGGUACCGUCCUGUUGAGCUACCACGUCGCGCGCGGCAGCACCGUGAUUGCAAAGUCGGUGACGGAGAGCCGGAUCAAGUCCAACUUGGAGAUUGUCAAGCUCGACGACGAGGAUCUGAAGGAGCUGCGGGCGUACUCUGACGAUUUGACGGCCAAGAAGGAGCUGAAGCGCUAUGUGUACCCGCCGUUUGGCAUUGACUUUGGAUUCCCGGAUAAGUCGUAG